GAGAGCCCCCGGGUCCCGAAGCCCCGAAUGUAGGGCCGGGGGAGCCGGGAGCGCGAAUCUCUGUCUCUUGUCGUCUCCGUCUGUCUGUGUGUCUGGGUCUCUGUGGCUUCCCCGCACACGGCCAGGCACACUCGGCCCUCCCGCAGACACUUUGUCUCCGGCCACGCCGCGCCGGGGCUCCGGCUAGGGGCACGGGGUAGGGGACAGGGGAGUCGACGGGCCUAGGUGGCCGUCCCUCCCUCUUUCCCUUCCUUGAGCCCUCCCUCCAUCCUUGCUCGCUCCAUCCUUGCUGGCUGCGUCCUUCCCUCCACCCUUGCUCACUCUAUCCUUCGCUCCAUCCUUGCUCUCUCUCCAUCCUUGCUGGCUCCAUCCUUCCCUCCAUCCUUGCUGGCUCCAUCCUUCCCUCCAUCCUUGCUGGCUCCGUCCUUCCCUCCACUCUUGCUGUCUCCAUCCUUGCUGGCUCCAUCCUUGCCCUCUGCAUCCAUCUCUCCAUCCUUGCCGGCUCCACCCUCCGGUCCCUCGGGCCUUGCCGGCUCCAUCCACCCCUGGGUCCUUCCCGCGCUUCCUGCCCCCUUUCCCCUUGUUCCUCCUCCCUCCGCGAUGCCUCCGGGCCCCGGCUGGCUGGUCCUGCUCUCCCUGGCGACGCUGUGGCUGGGCCCGGCCCGGGGACUGUUCCUGUUCGGGCAGCCCGACUUCUCCUACAAGAGAAGCAACUGCAAGCCCAUCCCGGCCAACCUGCAGCUGUGCCACGGCAUCGAGUACCAGAACAUGCGGCUGCCCAACCUGCUGGGCCACGAGACCAUGAAGGAGGUGCUGGAGCAGGCGGGCGCCUGGAUCCCGCUGGUCAUGAAGCAGUGCCACCCGGACACCAAGAAGUUCCUCUGCUCCCUGUUCGCCCCCGUCUGCCUGGACGACUUGGACGAGACCAUCCAGCCGUGCCACUCGCUCUGUGUCCAGGUGAAGGACCGCUGCGCCCCGGUCAUGUCCGCCUUCGGCUUCCCGUGGCCGGACAUGCUCGAGUGUGACCGCUUCCCGCUCGACAAUGACCUCUGCAUCCCCCUGGCCAGCGGCGACCACCUCCUGCCGCCCACCGAGGAAGCACCUAAGGUAUGUGAAGCCUGCAAAAACAAAAACGACGAUGAUAAUGACAUCAUGGAAACCCUUUGUAAAAAUGAUUUUGCAUUGAAGAUAAAAGUGAAGGAGAUAACCUACAUCAAUAGAGACACCAAGAUCAUCUUGGAAACAAAGAGCAAGACCAUCUACAAGCUGAAUGGGGUGUCCGAAAGGGAUCUGAAGAAGUCGGUGCUCUGGCUCAAAGACAGCCUGCAGUGCACCUGCGAGGAGAUGAAUGACAUCCACGCACCCUAUCUCGUCAUGGGACAGAAGCAGGGUGGAGAGCUAGUGAUCACCUCGGUCAAGCGGUGGCAGAAAGGCCAGCGUGAAUUUAAGCGGAUCUCCCGCAGUAUCCGCAAGCUCCAGUGCUAGUCCUUUCCUGGCGAGCCCGCACCCGAGCCUGUCCUGACAGAGCGAGUCUGGUCCCCCCCAAUCUAGGACUACUUACUCUCACCACUCCUUGCCUUAAUGCCCCCCUUCACCCGUCCCCACCACCGCCACUGCCCAUCACCGCCGCUACCCACCCAUCCAUACGCACCUUCUCACCCCAGCAUUUCCUGAGUUGCAAGGUUCCAGGAGGCCUGGGAAAUCAAUAGCAGUUUUCAUUUACAAUACAGAAAAAGUCCAAAUUUUGUAUAUAUUAAAACAUUAAAAUUAUGAUUGUUUGUGAAGUAUUAAACUAAUUGUGUUAAAGCUACUUUUUGAAUUUGGUGCAAAUGUGAUGGAUCUGGUGGGUGUUUUUUUUUUCUUUUUCCUUCAUUUAGGAUGACUGGUAUUUUACCUUUCACUUACAUGCAGUUAACUGCAUAUUGCUUGAUUUCUCUAUAUACCCAGUCUCUAUCGUGUGUAAUAAAACAGUUGAGAUAGAGCUGGCUAUUAUCUCAACAUCUUUCUCAUCACAAAUCUCAUCAGCUUUCAUCAGCUACUUUACACCUUAUGUCACCAAGUUAUAAUUUUUGCAUGUGGUAUUACAUUUCCAAGUACAGUUCUUGCAUUGAUAAAAGCACAUUAACCUGUGUUCACGGCAUGAUUUCUUCAGAUAUAAGGUAAACCAGAUAAGUUUUGUAACAUCUGAAAACAACUUGUAGCUUUGUUUUUUAAAAUUUACUUAAUUUGUAGCCAACCUGUAACAUACCUAGUGAUUUACCUAAAAGUUGUAAAAUAUUGCUUUAACCAACACUGUAAAUAUUUCAGAUAAACAUUAUAUUCUUGUAUAUAAACUUUACAUCAUGUUUUA